GUGUAAUGUAACAUUCGCAUCGAGCAUGUUACGCAUCGAGCAUGUUACGCUGUGUUCUAAAAUCGGCGUAACAUGCUCGUCAAAACUCUGUGCUCCGCUUUCGCCGCCAGUUCACUCAAGAUGGCCGACAGCGAGGUCGCGUUGGUAUCUUUGAUUCUACUUAAUUAUUGUUGCAUCCAAAUUAAGAAGAAGAAAAAACGUUUCUGGACAUCAAACUUAUUUAAAAACAGAGGCGUAUGUGGUGGUUUGUCAUUGAUAGCAAUUUUAAAAAACCAAAUGAUUACUGGACAAUAUUAAAACUUUGUACGCAUGUCGCCGAUCGAUUUUGAAGAACUCUUGAAUUUAAUUGGACCAAAAGUAUAUAAAAAAGAUACAAAUUAUAGAAAAGCAAUCAGUGUCACGGAACGAUUAGCACUAACGCUUCGUUUUUAUGCUACAGGAGAUUCCUAUACUAGUAUGCAAUAUCUUUUCAAGAUAUCAAAGCAACGUAUAGGAUUUAUAGUAAAAGAGGUCAGCGAAGCCCUUAUUGGAGCAUUAAAAAUGUAAAGGCGCAGAGCUAUCAUCACUCGGUUGUUCUGAAGCAUCUUCACGUUCAUGUAGCUGAAAAUAAAUGCACAUCUAUGCUGGAAAUGCAUAUCUAUGCUGGAAAUGGGCGCCCGUGUAGCGAGCUGAAUGAGAUGCCAGAAACACCGGAGCAAUGGCUGGAUGUAGCAAAUGACUAUGAUACUUUGUGGAAUUUUCCACAUUGCUUAGGCGCAAUCGACGGUAAACAUAUUAUACUGCAGUCACCGAUCAACAGUGGAAGUGAAUUUUAUAAUUACAAGGGUUUCUUCAGCAUCGUAUUACUGGCAGUUGUUGACGCGAAAUAUAACUUUUUGUAUGUAAACACUGGAUGUCAAGGAAGAAUAUCUGAUGGAGGGGUUUUCAACAACUGUGAAUUAAACGAAAAACUAAAAAAUAAUGCACUAAACAUCCCUCAACCUACUGCGUUGCCAACAAGAACAGAAGAAAUUCCAUUUUACUUUGUUGCCGAUGAAGCUCUUUCCGAAAAUAUGAUGAAAGUAUAUGCAGGAUAUCAUGAACGUGGUUCUAAAGAAAGAAUAUAUAACUACCGACUUUGCAGAGCUCGUGGAGUGGUGGAAAAUGUGUUCGGCAUAUUGUCUGCAGUGUUUAGAGUUUUGCGGAAACCAAUGUUGUUAGAACCGAAAACCGCGACAUCUGUCGUAACAGCAAUAACAUGCCUUCACAUUUUUUUAAGAAAAGGUAAUAAUACUCAGGUAUAUACUCCUGCAGAUAGCUUUGACGAAGAAUCGAACGGCCAGGUCAGAUUAGGAAACUGGAGAGAAGGUAACAAUGACAUGACUGGUAUGUUACCCUUGCAAAUAAGACCGCGAAGGGCUACAAGAUCUGCUCACAAUAUUCGUAAUGAAAUUGCUGAAUACUGCAUUCAGCAAGGGUCUGUAAGCUGGCAAGGGGACUUUUCCAUGGCAAAAUUCCAAAUACUGAGCAGUAAAUUUAUAAAAAAGUGAAUUAACUAAAAAUCUAACGACACUUUUUUGGUUUUACAAAUUCUUGUAAAUAAUCUGAUAAGUAGUCAGAAGUAAUAAAUUGAAAGUAAACAAAUUGGAUACAUAUUUCGAUAAAUAAAACAAAAAUUUUCAAUGCAAUAUAAUUUUAUUAAUCAGCUGCGAGCCAAUGAUGGAAUACAGUAAAAAAGCUGCCAAUUUUUAAGUACAAACUUGAUAUGUUUUCAUAUAAAAUUUUGUACACUACCCUGAUAAUAAUUUAUAAACUAUGA